UUACCAUGAAGUUGUUGGUGGUUUUGGUGUUAUCGCUCUUUGCCGGCAUCCAUGGAGCUACAAAUAGCACUGCCAAAAUGGUAUGCUAUUAUGAUUCGAGCAGUUUAAUACGUCAAGGUUUGGAUAAAUUGCUGAAUUCUGAUUUGGAAAUUGCUCUACCAUUCUGCACGCAUUUGGUCUAUGGCUACUGUGGCAUUAAACCCGACACAUAUCAGACUUUUAGUUUACACGAAGAUUUGGAUAUUUACCAAUACCAGUUUUCAGAGAUCACCGCAUUGAAGAGAAAAUAUCCCCACCUCAAAGUUUUAUUGAGCAUUGGUGGUGAUAAAGAUAUCGAUCCGGAACACCCGAAUAAAUACAUUGAAUUGUUAGAGGGUGGACGUGCACGUCAAACGGCCUUUAUUAAUUCCGCUUAUUCUCUGGUGCGUUCCUAUGGUUUUGAUGGUAUCGAUUUGGCCUAUCAAUUCCCCAAGAAUAAGCCGCGUAAAGUCCAUUCGAAAGUUGGUCAGGCAUUGAGGAAAGUUAAGAAACUAUUUACUGGAGAUUUUGUUGCGGAUCCCAAGGCCGAAGAACACAAGGAACAAUUUACCGCUUUGGUCAGGGAUUUGAAAAAUGCCCUACGUCCCGAUGGUUAUUUGUUAUCGUUGACCGUGUUGCCCAAUGUUAAUUCUUCGUAUUACUUCGAUGUCCCAGCUGUCUCCGGUUUUGCUGAUCUCAUCAACAUUGCCGCCUUUGAUUUCCUCACUCCCGAACGUAACCCCGAAGAGGCUGAUUACACCGCACCCCUGUAUGAACUUUACGAUCAAAAUCGUUUGCCCCACUACAAUGCGGAUUUCCAAGUUGCCUAUUGGCUAGACCACCAUUGCCCACCCCAAAAACUCAUCUUGGGUAUGGCUACCUAUGGCCGUGCUUGGAAAUUGUCAUCUGAUUCGAAUGCCAGUGGUGGUGCUCCCGUUGUAUCAAAGACUAAAGGUGCCGCCGAUGCUGGUUUGCCAAGUGCGACGCCUGGCUUGCUUAGCUGGCCUGAAAUUUGUGGUAAAUUACCAAACCCUUCGAACACCUUCCUCAAGGGUGCUGAUGCUCCACUGACUCGUGUCGAUGACCCCACCAGGCGUUAUGGUACCUAUGCCUUCCGUUUGGCUGAUGACCAUGGCAAUCAUGGCAUAUGGGUUAGUUAUGAAGACCCCGAGACGGCUGCCAAUAAGGCCAUCUAUGUCCAUACCAAGGGUUUGGGUGGUUUGUCAAUGUUCGAUUUGAGUUAUGAUGACUUCCGGGGAUUGUGUAAUGGCGACAAGUAUCCAUUGUUGAGAGCUGCCAAAAAUCGUUUGUAAAAUAUUGUAUG